CUUUAUAUCGCUUCGUGUUUAUAAAACAACAACAUUUACACGCGUUUGUUCGCGUGUCGUGCUUUUAAACUCACGCACAGUGUGUUUACAUGCUAAUGCUAGCAGCGGAUUAACGGUGUUUGAGUCGCUUCCGCUGUGCAGCAGCGUUAAUAACGAUGCAGUUCAUGCUUCUGUUCAGUCGUCAAGGAAAGCUGCGGCUGCAGAAAUGGUACGUGCCCCUGUCUGACAAAGAGAAGAAGAAGAUCACCAGAGAGUUGGUGCAGACGGUUCUGGCUCGAAAGCCCAAGAUGUGCAGCUUCCUGGAGUGGAGAGAUCUGAAGGUCGUCUACAAGAGAUAUGCCAGUUUGUAUUUCUGCUGUGCUGUGGAGAACCAGGACAACGAGCUCAUCACUCUGGAGAUCAUCCACAGAUACGUGGAGCUGCUCGACAAAUACUUUGGCAGCGUUUGUGAGCUGGACAUCAUCUUCAACUUUGAGAAGGCUUACUUCAUCCUGGAUGAAUUUCUCUUGGGCGGCGAAGCUCAGGAAACGUCCAAGAAGAACGUGCUGAAGGCCAUCGAGCAGGCCGACCUGCUGCAGGAGAACGUAGACUUUCAGACACGUCUGUUUGCAGGUGUGAUGGUCCCGGGUUUGGCCUCAGAAUCUUCUGGUCUUUUCCAGAAUUAAAUCAUUGAGGUGAUUUUUCUGUUGGAGAGGAAACAAAUGUGUGUGUCUCUAUGUGUCUUUGUGUAGUUGUGUGUGUGUGUGUGUGUAAACAAGACAAUAUUUAAAGGCACUGUAUGCAUGUUAGUUAGUAAAGCUAAGCUAAGAGCUUCCUGGUUCACUCAUCAGAACAUGUUCACGUCUCUGAACUCUGAAAAACAUCCACAGUGUUAAGAUGAGGGAGUUUUUCUGGCUCAGUGUUGCCCCCUGUCUGCUGCUCUGUGUCCUGCAUGUCCUCUGAAUGAAUGUCCUGGUGUUUUUCUGUGUGUUUUUGUUUCCUGCAGCCCCGACAUGAGUUUUUCACUGUGCCUGUGUACUGACGUGCUGCUCCUCCUGCUCCUGCUCCUCCUGCUCCUCCUGCUCCUCCUGCUCCUCCUGCUCCUCCUGCUCCUGCUCCUGCUCUGCUGCUGUAUACUGAGCUCUUCACCUCCUGGCACUUUUCUCUCUCUCUGGACAUUGUCACUGUUUUUUUUGGACACAUCAUGAUCUUCUCACUCGAGACGUCUCAUCAGUGACGUACAGUGAUUUUAACAUCACACACACAGGAGCUGUUGAUCCACUGCUGCCUCCA